AUGUCUACGGUUGCUGCCGUACUGAUCGGCAUUUCUGACGCUUUCCUCAUUGUCUCUAUCCCUUGGCUGCUUUCUGUACUGUACCUAUUCCAGAAGGAGAGCAAGAACAAACAGAAAACGUCGGGACGACAGCAACGCUCCACCGACAACACCUACAACAACGACGACGACGACGACGACGACGACGACGACGACGACGACGACGACACCAACGCCAGCAUCGCGGUGGGAGAUGUCAAGGACAUGAACGACCGCCUGAAUGCCGUGAUGGGCCUGGGAAGCGACCACGAGUCCAGGAUCGGGUCCAUGACGUGUGCCGUCAAGUCUCUCCAGGACAGGGUUACUGCUUCCGAACCUACUCUGGAGGCCAGAGCCAAGACUGCCGGGUCUCCGAGGCCCAGGAUGUCCAAGCCUGAGUCUGGGUACGAGCUCAUCGCGAGUGUUCGCAGCCGGGGAUUUCCCGCGGAGGAGUCCAAGGGUGAGCACCAUCUCAUCGCGAGUAUCCACAUCAGCAUCUGUCCCGAUGUUCAGCGCAAUGACCCUGACAAUGGGCCAUCCCUCAGCGUGGCAGAGGUGUAUCGAAUGUACGCCCGGAUCCAGAACUUCCCCGCGAUGGAGGACUCCAAGGCUAUGGAAGUCAUCGACAGGCUCCUGAUCGAUAGUGAGUGGCGACUGAGGAUGGCCAUGUGUUCCCGCCCACGGAAAUCCGACAGGAACCCCAGCAUCUCCGCAUGGACAGGUGAGCCGAGGGGCGCCUUCAACAAUAGCCACACGAGCUACGCCAUUUGCGUUGAGUUCCUCCGCUCUCAACGUGUCGCGAUAGGCCAGGCCCGCACCUCCAACUACAACUACAACUACAACUACAAUAUCAGGAGCAACAAGGCCGAGCCGUCGUCAUCUGGGCAAAUCCUCGGGGAGGGAGAUGACGAAACCGCCGUCAGAAAGAAGGCAAAAUUGGCGGAGCAUCAGGCCAGCAUCCUCGAGGACAUGAGCCGUCGCCAGCUGAGCAACAGCAACAGAGACAGAGACAACGGCCUUGGGUCCGAAUGCGUCGACGGCCGUCUCCAAAAGUACGGCGACAGCCUCUUCAACAUGCUCCAGAACAUGGCGCUCGUGGCGACAAAGGUCGACAGCCGAGACGACACCAUCGGGCUCCAGGACGACCGCAUCAUCCGCCAGCGCAAGUCGACCGCGGAGUGCGCACGGGCACUCGAGAGGUCGUCCGAACACCGUGACAGGUUCUCCAGGGAGACCGUGUACAAGUUACUAGACACCGAUGAGACCAUCACGGCCCCGGCCGCGCGAAUCCACGGCCUCGAGACCAAGCUGGGCAGCAGCCGCAGCAGCCAGACGGGGCAGCCUGGCCGCCAUGGCUACGAUGCCCCUACCUGCCACCAUGUCCAAUCCAGCGUCCGCCAACAUCUCCCCAAGGGUUACGAGCCCCAGCCAACGAGAUGCUGUCGCAUCCCAUCCGACACUCGCGGCGCCAACCACCACGCUGUUCCCGAUGCCUAUUCCGAUGCCGCUCUCCUAGGCGACACGUGCCCCCCCAAAGCGUGUCCGACUGACUCUCCCACGAUCGGUGAGGAGCUGAAGGACACGACAUCCGCGACUUCUACCCGGAACCUCCCGGUUCCCACCGUGGUGGUUGACGACUACUCCUCAUACCAGUCAGCCUCCGAGGUCGAUCUUUCCAGCACCAGGGAGCUAGAGCAGCCGAAAGAGGCCGGCGACAGGAGGCCCGACUUUAGCUUCGUCAUCGGUCAGGAGGAUGUGCUUUCUGUCAGGGCGGCAUCCGCCUCUGAUGAUGACGAUGGGUACUUCGAGAUUGAUGAUGGGUUCGAGGCCGUCGGUGAAGACGACGAAGACGAGCUCAUGGAGAUGGAGAUGGAGGUUGAUGUCGACCUGGAUCAGGGCUUGUCCUCCGUCGCGUCUGAGGACGAGUACCCACCUCAUGGGGACCACAGCGAAUUUGUUGUCUGCGGAUCGCGCAAAGGAUGGACGGUAGUUGGCUGGAGACUCUGA